UAAAUACUCCAGGGACUGUUUCUGUAACUCACUCAACAACAAAAACACCUCUCAGAACCCUAAUCUUAACAUCUCCACCACCCCUCACCUCAUCUUCUUCGCCAUUAUUCAAAACCCUAAAACUUCAAUUCACAUCCAAAAAUGGCGAAGAAGAGAGAGAAAUCAGUAAACGUAUCCGGAAAACCAAAGCACUCACUUGACGUCAACAGAGAUGCCGGACACAAGAACAAAAGUGGCGGCUCCGGCCGUACCGCCGCCACCGUUCGCCGCCUCAAGAUGUACAACACGAGGCCGAAGCGUGACGCCAAAGGAACGAUCCUGAAGUACGAUCUGCAGUCGAGAGAGCUUCCGUCGACUCGUAUUCAACCUGAUCGCCGCUGGUUCGGUAACACUAGGGUUGUGAAUCAGAAGGAGCUUGAGUUCUUUAGAGAAGAGUUGCAGACGAGAAUGUCGAGUAAUUAUAAUGUUAUCUUGAAGGAGAGGAAGUUGCCUAUGUCAUUGUUGAAUGAUCAUCAAAAGCAAACAAGAGUUCACCUUCUUGAUACCCAGCCAUUUGCCGAUGCAUUUGGACCAAAGGGGAAGAGGAAACGUCCUCGAUUACUGGCGUCUGAUUAUGAGUCGUUAGUCAAGAGGGCCGAUGGUUCUCAAGAUGCAUUUGAAGAAAAGUGUGGUGGUGUUGAUCCGACGGAUGAAAACGUGGAUGGAUUCAGGGAUCUUGUGCGCCACACGAUGUUUGAAAAGGGUCAAAGUAAACGUAUAUGGGGCGAGCUUUACAAAGUCAUCGACUCUUCUGAUGUUGUCAUCCAGGUACUGGACGCUAGGGAUCCUCAAGGUACAAGAUGCUACCAUCUUGAGAAGCAUUUAAAAGAGCAUUGCAAACACAAGCACAUGAUUUUAUUGUUAAACAAGUGUGAUUUGACUCCACCGUGGGUCACAAAAGGAUGGCUGAGGGUACUAUCAAGAGAAUAUCCUACGCUAGCGUUUCAUGCAAGCAUUACUAAGUCUUAUGGCAAGAAUUCUCUUCUGUCGGUGUUGCGACAAUUUUCACGCUUAAAAAGUGACAAGCAAGCGAUAUCAGUUGGAUUUGUUGGGUACCCAAAUGUGGGCAAGUCAUCAGUAAUCAACACCCUACGUACCAAAAAUGUUUGCAAGGUGGCUCCAAUUCCCGGAGAGACUAAAGUUUGGCAAUACAUAACGCUUACAAAGAAGAUAUUCUUGAUUGAUUGCCCUGGUGUUGUUUAUGGCAGCAGUGAUACAGAAACCGAUAUUGUUUUAAAGGGCGUGGUGCGAGUAACAAAUUUGCAUGAUGCUACAGAGCACAUCGGUGAAGUCUUGAAACGUGUCAAGAAAGAGCACCUAGAAAGGGCAUACAAGAUAAAAGAGUGGGAAGAUGAGAAUGACUUUCUGGUUCAGUUAUGCAAAUUAUCAGGCAAACUUUUGAGGGGAGGUGAACCGGAUCUAAUGACUGCGGCAAAGAUGGUUCUACAUGAUUGGCAGAGGGGUAAAAUACCCUUCUUUGUUCCACCCCCGAAGCAAGAUGACGUGGCAACCGAACCUGAAGAGUCUAGUGUUGCAGAGAAAGAUGUGGAUGAGAACAAAGAAGUAGCAGCAAAAAGAAGCAUUAAAAAUAUAGUUUCAUCACAGCAGCUUAAAGAUGUUCCUGUUCAAGAGGAUCUCUUCACUGAGAAUGAGUUAAAGGGGGAGUCAAAUGAAGAAGAAUCAUAGAUUUUCUCAGUUUUCAUAAAUUUUGAUAAGAUAUUGCUUGCAUUUUCGUGUAAUUUUAAGAGAGUUUUAAUUUAAAAAAAGUUGAUCAAAGUAGCUUGUAAUAGUUUUCUAUAAAUGUUAACUGUUACCCGGUUAGCUAUACUUAUAUAAAAAUGUGAAACCGGUUUGAUUGUCGGUCUA